AUGUCUCCAAGUUUGUGGGAGGAAGAGAAGACCGUCACGCCUAAGGCCCCGUUCUGUAAGGGCAAGUUUAGCGAUCUUCCCCAAGUUGCCCAACCCUUUGUUGGUCAUUGGGCUAAUGUCUGUACCCCGAAGGACAUCUUUAUCUGCGACGGUAGCAAGGCCGAAGCCGAUAAGAUCACUGACGAACUUCUUAAAAGCGGCACCCUGCGCAGAUUAGCUGCCUACGAGAACAACUUCAUCUGCUGUACCGAUCCCAAGGAUGUUGCUCGUGUCGAGUCAAAGACCUUUAUAUGCACGCCAGAUAGAUUCCAAACUGUUCCACAUGUUGCUGAAGGCGUUAAAGGCAUCCUUGGCCAAUGGAUCUCGCCAAAAGAUCUUGACGAAUCCCUUAGGGAUCGCUUCCCUGGCUGCAUGAACGACCGUACAUUGUACGUCAUUCCCUUUUCCAUGGGCCCGAUCGGAUCUCCCUUGGCCAAAUACGGCAUCCAAAUUACCGAUUCUCAAUAUGUUGUGCUCUGCAUGCGCAUCAUGACUCGUAUGUCGCUAAAGGUCCUUGAUUACAUCGAGGAGCAGAAUACUUUCGUCCGCUGUCUUCACUCCAUCGGCCUGCCUCUUCCGCACGAAGGCGUUAAGGUGAUAAAUAACUGGCCUUGCAACCCCGAGAAGACAAUCAUCUCUCACAUUCCUGACGACCGUCUGAUCAUGAGCUUCGGUUCUGGUUAUGGUGGCAACUCCCUUUUGGGAAAGAAGUGCUUUGCUCUGCGUAUUGCCAGCCGCAUUGCCUACGAUGAGGGCUGGAUGGCUGAGCAUAUGCUGAUCAUGUCCGUCACCAACCCUAAAGGUGAAGAGAAGUUUGUGUGUGCUGCUUUCCCCAGCGCUUGCGGCAAAACCAACAUGGCUAUGCUCACACCCAGCCUUCCUGGUUGGAAGGUUAUGUGUGUUGGUGAUGACAUUGCGUGGAUGCGAUUCAACGACAAGGGCGAACUGCGAGCAAUCAACCCGGAGGCCGGCUUCUUCGGUGUAGCCCCAGGAACCAACCAUAAGACCAAUCCCAACGCUCUCGAAUGCUGCAUGAAGAAUUCAGUGCUCACCAAUGUGGCUGAAACUGACGAUGGACGAUUCUUCUGGGAGGGUCUAGAGUCUGAAUACAAGCCCGAGAUCAAGCUCACAACGUGGCUGGGUGAAAAGACAACCGUUGGUGCUAAGACCGCUACACCCAAAGCCCACCCCAAUUCACGUUUCUGCUGUCCGGCAUCCCAGUGCCCCAUCAUUCAUCCUAAGUGGGAAGAUCCAGCUGGCGUACCUGUCUCCGUUUUCAUGUUUGGCGGUCGUAGACCUGAGGGUAUUCCUCUCGUCUAUGAAGCCCGUACCUGGAAGCAUGGUGUGAUGAUUGGUGCCCAGGUUAAGUCCGAGGCUACCGCCGCUGCUGAAUUUAAGGGUCGUCAGGUAAUGCAUGAUCCCAUGGCCAUGCGUCCAUUCAUGGGAUACAACUUCGGCAAGUACCUGGAACACUGGCUGUCAAUGGAGAAGCCAGGUCGUCAUAUGCCUCGCAUCUUCCACGUCAACUGGUUCCGUUUGGAUAGUCAUGGUCGUUUUGCUUGGCCCGGAUUUGGCAACAAUAUCCGUGUGAUUGAAUGGGCUCUUCGUCGUGUCUCGGGUGAGGAUAUCGCUGUUGACUCACCCAUCGGUCUGUUGCCCAAAAAGGGUUCAAUCAACAUGGAGGGACUGGACUGCGAUUGGGAUGCCAUCUUUGGUCUGGAAAAGCAAUAUCUCCUGGAGGACAUUGAGGAAACCACCAAAUUCCUUGAUGAUCAAGUGGGUGUGGACCUGCCAAAAGCUGUUAAGGAAGAAUUGGAGGAACAACGUAAACGCAUCCAGGCCAUGUAA